GACCCAACAGAAACCGACAAGAUCACCACGCUACCAAAUGGAAUUCGAGUCGCCUCUGAGGAUUUGCCCGAUGCCUUCUCGGGAGUGGGAGUCUACAUCGAUGCCGGAUCACGAUACGAGAACGAUUCCCUCCGGGGAGCCAGUCACAUCAUGGACAGGCUAGCCUUCAAGUCGACAAGAUCACGAUCAGCGGACGAGAUGUUGGAGACAGUAGAGCAACUGGGCGGCAAUAUCCAAUGCGCUUCUUCCAGAGAAUCCAUGAUGUACCAAGCAGCAACCUUCAACUCUGCCAUUCCUACCACCGUGGAACUGUUGGCCGACACGAUCCGAAACCCCCGAUUGACCGACGAGGAAAUUGGUCAACAACUCGAGACGGCCGAGUACGAAGUGGGAGAGAUUUGGUCCAAACCGGAGCUGAUCUUGCCAGAGUUGGUUCAUACAGCUGCUUUCAAGGACAACACAUUAGGGAACCCCUUGCUCUGCCCUCAGGAGAGGCUGAGCGUUAUCAACAAGGACGUUAUCCAGGCCUACAGGGACGCCUUCUACCAACCAGACCGCAUGGUAGUGGCCUUUGCCGGUGUUCCUCACGCCGAGGCCGUCGAGCUUGCACAGAAAUACUUUGGUGAUAUGGAGCGUUCAAGACCGGUUGUAUCAGAACCAACCACUCCCACUGACUCGUCAAGCGAGGCCUCCUCAGCUGCCUCAACACCACCAACAUCUCCAGAACCCGAACAACCCUCCGGCCUGUUUGGCAAGAUACUCAAGAACCUCGCCCCACAACAGUCAUCUUCCCCAUCCUCAAUCCUUCGACCAGUAGUCACCCCUAUCACCGAAGCCGACCUCAACCGUCCAGCUACCUAUACCGGCGGCUUCCUCACCCUCCCAACUCAGCCCCCGCCAAUCAACCCCAAUCUCCCCACAUUUUCCCAUAUCCACCUCUGCUUCGAAGGCCUUCCCAUCUCCUCUCCAGAUAUCUUUGCCUUGGCCACUCUUCAAACCCUUCUUGGCGGCGGCGGCUCCUUCUCCGCCGGCGGCCCAGGAAAGGGCAUGUACUCUCGUCUGUACACCAACGUCCUCAACCAACACGGCUGGGUAGAGUCCUGCAUAGCCUUCAACCACUCCUACAAGGACUCUGGUCUCUUCGGCAUCGCAGCCUCAUGUUAUCCAGGUCGCACCAUCCCCAUGCUCCACGUCAUGUGCCGCGAGCUCCAGGCUCUCACCCACGACUCGGGGUACACGGGCCUUGGAGAGGUAGAGGUCAACCGGGCCAAGAACCAGCUCCGGUCGAGCUUGCUGAUGAACCUGGAGAGCAGGAUGGUUGAGCUGGAAGAUUUGGGAAGACAGGUGCAGGUUCACGGGAGGAAGAUCCCAGUGAGGGAGAUGACGCGCCAGAUCAACCGGUUGACGCCGAAGGACCUGAGGAGGGUGGCGAAGCAGGUGCUUGGUGGGUUGGUGAACAACCCGGGCGGGGGGUCAGGGGCGCCGACGGUGGUGUUGCAGGAGGCGAGUCAACAUGGGAGUGGGAGGCAGGAGGUGAUUGGGUGGGAGCAGAUACAGGAUAUUAUUGCUAGUUGGAAGUUGGGGAGGAAUUAG